GACUGACUUUGCUGAGAAGACCCCGUCGCAGCCUUCCAAGUCCACUGUACAAUGUUAAGAAGACCUCGUCAUCGUCUUCUAAGUUCACCGUCUUCUAUAUCGACUAACAGCCUGACGAUCGAUCAAUGACGUGCGUACUUCUCUUCAAAGCUCAACAAAGCCAAGAGAUGGCGUGGGGGAAAGUGUUCCUGUUCCUACUCGCACUUGGUACUACCUGGGGAUCUCCCUGGUGUUGCUCCGCGGCUGCAACCGGAGCACAACAGAUCAAAACAACGUCAAUUAAAAAACGAAUUUUUACACUCCCAUCCAACUGUCCAACAAGUUGUGGCAAUAUCAGCAUCCAAUACCCUUUCGGCAUCGGCCAUGGUUGCUACCUCCCCGGCUUCAACCUUACCUGCCGCAAGCAAUACGAUCGCACUGUGCCAGGCCGGCUCUUCAUGGGUGAUGACACACUCGAGGUCACUAGGAUAGAUUUUUUUUCGGAGUAUGUGUACUUCAAAUUGCCAGUUAUCAGAAUAGGCGUCGACCAGAGUUCCAUCACCGCGCCACUGAUCGAUCUGCAAAAUUACCACAACUUCAACUUUUGGUCAACAGACAACGUUCUGUUUGUCUCUGGUUGUAAUGUUUAUGCCGCUCUAGUCGAUCUCAACAACAAUAACACCAUCAUAGAUUAUUGCAUCACCAUUUGCUCGGACGACAGUCCAGAUUUGCCGCGCGCAGUAAUCCGGCAAAAAAAUUGCACGAUUCAGAUUGGGAAGGGAAUCCCAGACCGUGUCUUCUUAGGAGUUCGUUUAACUCGACUCGACCAGACUUUGUUGCAUUUGGUUAAUGCCACUGCAGUCAGCGCCUACAUGAGUUCCUCUACCCGCAGGUUGGAGUCCCAACUGUCUUGGUACAUGGACGAUCACUCUUCCUGUACAGAGGCAGCGAACGAUACGGAGACCUACGCUUGCAUAAGCAGCAACAGUUAUUGCGCCGAUGCCUUUGCUGGCGACAGCGAUGACACGACCGUCGGAUAUUAUUGUAAUUGUUAUGGUGGAAACGAAGGCCUAAAUCCCUACCUAACUGAUGGCUGCAAAGGUUUAACAACUGCCAAUAUAUAUCCAGCCAAAAAUUGUACUAGAAAAUGCGGAAGUGCCGAUAUACCAUUUCCUUUUGGACUUGUUAAUGAGUCUGAUUGCUACAGAGACUCGAUAUUUGCACUAUUUUGCAACCAAACAACGACCCCUCCCGUUCUCCAGUAUCAGGACAAAAAUGUGACCGAUGUAGACGUGGAAAGAGGAGUACUAAUCCUCGUGGAAGUGAGAAAUUCUUCACGAGUCAUUACUCUCACUGAAGGCCGUUACAGUUGGUUGAUCCCCUAUCAUUCCUGCGAGGAUGCUAAAAGGAAUAAGUCGCUCUACGCAUGCGUGAGCGAGCACGGCACAUGCCACAAUGCCACCGGAGAUCAAUUGGGAUACCGUUGCAAUUGUUUGAAAGGUUAUAAAGGAAAUCCGUACGUACUGAAUGGAUGCCAAGAUAUCGAUGAGUGCCAAAAUCCUAAGGAAUAUAAUUGCAUGGGAACUUGUACAAAUACAGAGGGUAGUUACAAUUGCACAUGCAAACCUGGAACAUAUGGUGAUCCAAAGAUCGGAGGCUGCAUCCCUCAUACCAAGAAGAGAACUCUUAUGCUAGCUCUCAUCAUCGCUGCUGCAGGCAAUGUGUGCCUACUACUCUUGUGUGUAAUGUUGGUCAUCCUAAAAAAGAAAUGGAAGGAAAGAAUGCAAAAGCAAAUAAGAGAAAAGAACUUUCACCAGAAUCAUGGUUUAUUGCUGCAGCAACUGAUCUCUACAAGCGAACAUGAUGCUGAGAGAACUAAAUUAUUUCCACUGGAAGAGGUAGAAAAAGCAACAAACAAUUUUGAUGAAACUCGCAUGAUUGGUCGUGGAGGGCAUGGGGUAGUUUACAAAGGAAUUUUAUCAGAUCAACGAGUUGUUGCUAUAAAGAAAUCCACAAAUUUGAAAAAAAGUGAGAUAGAGCAAUUCAUUAAUGAGGUAGCAAUUCUUUCUCAAAUUAAUCAUAGGCACAUAGUAAAGCUUUUUGGAUGUUGCCUAGAGACUGAAAUCCCCUUACUCAUCUAUGAAUUUAUUUCAAAUGACACCCUAUCACAUCAUCUCCAUGUUCCCAAUGGACAAUCUAAAUUAUCAUGGGAUGAUCGCUUGAGGAUUGCUAUAGAAGUUGCGGGCUCACUUGCCUACUUACACUCAGAUGUUUCUAUGUCUAUUUUUCAUAGAGAUGUUAAAUCGUCAAAUAUUCUUCUAGACGAAAAUUUGGUUGCAAAAGUAUCUGAUUUUGGAGCUUCAAGAUUUAUUCCACUUGAUCAAAACUAUGUAAUCACUGUUGUACAAGGCACCUUCGGAUACUUGGAUCCUGAGUAUUAUCAAACAAGUGAGUUGACAGAAAAGAGCGAUGUCUAUAGUUUUGGAGUCAUUCUCCUAGAACUUUUGACAGGAAAAGUUCCUAUUUACUCAAACGAGCAUGGUGAUGAGGUGAACCUAUCAAAGCAGUUUCUUCAAGCAAUGAGAGAAAACCAUGCUCUUGAUGUUGUGGAGGAUCGUGUUUUGAAAGAAGGAAACAAAGAAGAGCUUUUGGAAAUAAUGCAGAUGAUAGAAAUGUGUUUGAGGUUGAAGGGAGCGGAGAGACCUACGAUGAAAGAAGUUGAGUACAAAUUGCAAGGGCUGAGAAGGAUAAGAAUGACGAAAAAGAGGCUACCUUCUUUUGCAGAAGACAAUGAAGGAACUGAGACAAACCUGAGUGAUGCAUUUGAUCCUUCAACAGAAUUGGUGGACCAAAGAAAUCAAGGUACUUCUACUAGUUACAGCUCAGAGAAAGAGAUGAUGCACCAACGACCAUACUCGCCUCGAUGAGUUUGCUUCCUCAAAGCAUCAUGUCUGUACUGCUUGUUGUCUAAACCAGCUGGAAUGCUCUGCAAACUAUCAUUAUAGUUAAUCUGUUGUGCGAGGAUGCUUACCAUGACAUGUGAAUUUCUUCCAGAACAAUUUCUCUGUCUACGGAGAAAGUAGGAUGCAUCAUAAACUAAAGUCUAAGUUGGAGUGUGUAUGCUACAAUUUAUUAUGUCAAAGUUUGUGUUUGCUUAAUGUAAUAAUCGGUAUUAACUUCAUGAAUGCUACUCUUUUACAUAUAACAGAUCUCU